AUGUUGAGAUCCGUUGUUACCAGACGCUCCUUCAGCUCAAGCUCUCUGUGGCUUGCCGCUAAGAAACAGCACGAUGUUGUGAUUAUCGGUGGUGGCCCUGGCGGUUACGUUGCAGCAAUCAAGGCAGCUCAGUUGGGUUUCGACACGGCCUGUGUCGAGAAGAGAGGAAAGCUUGGGGGUACUUGUUUGAAUGUUGGUUGCAUUCCUUCAAAAGCGCUGCUGAACAACUCUCACUUGUUCCAUCAGAUGAAGAGCGAUUCCAAGAAUCGUGGUAUUGAUAUCAAGGGAUCCGUUGAGUUGAAUGUGCAACAGUUUCAGAAGGCAAAGGACAGCGUGGUCAAGCAAUUGACAGGCGGUGUGGAGAUGCUUUUCAAGAAGUACGGUGUUACAUAUUAUAAGGGUAAUGGUUCCUUCGAGGACGAACAUAACGUCAAAGUGAGCCCCGUGGAAGGUCUUGAAGGAUCCGUCAAGGAAGAUAACAUCUUGGAGGCCAAAAACAUCAUUAUCGCCACCGGCUCCGAGGUGACUCCUUUCCCAGGAAUCAAGAUUGACGAGGAGAAGAUCUUGUCGUCCACAGGUGCUUUGUCCCUAAGGGAGAUCCCAAAGAGAUUUGCCAUUAUCGGUGGUGGUAUCAUCGGUUUGGAGAUGGGUUCCGUCUAUAGCCGUAUUGGUUCCAAGGUCACCGUUGUGGAGUUCCAACCGGCUAUCGGUGCCUCUAUGGAUGGUGAAGUCGCCAGCACGACUCAGAAAUUCUUGAAGAAGCAGGGUUUUGAUUUCAAGCUAAGUACCAAGGUCAUUUCUGCCGAAAGAGAUGGCGAUGUUGUUAAAAUUGUCGUCGAGAGCGUCAAGAGCGGCAAGCAAGAGACGAUUGAAGCAGAUGCUUUGCUAGUCGCCGUCGGUAGAAGACCAUAUAUUCAAGGCUUGAAUGCUGAGAAGCUAGGUUUGGAAGUCGAUAAGAGAGGUCGUUUGGUUAUCGAUGAAUCUUUCAGCACCAAGUUCCCACACAUCAAGGUAAUCGGUGACGUUACUUUUGGUCCCAUGUUAGCACACAAGGCAGAGGAAGAAGGUAUUGCUGCUGUGGAAUACUUGAAGACGGGCCACGGUCACGUUAACUACAACAAUAUCCCAUCUGUGAUGUACUCACAUCCUGAAGUCGCCUGGGUCGGUAAGACGGAAGAGCAAUUGAAGGAAGCUGGUAUCAACUACAAGGUCGGCAAGUUCCCAUUCAUCGCCAACUCAAGAGCCAAGACCAACUUGGACACGGAAGGCUUUGUCAAGAUUCUAAUUGACGCUGAAACCGAACGUCUACUGGGUGCCCACAUCAUUGGUCCAAACGCAGGUGAAAUGAUCGCUGAAGCAGGUCUUGCAUUGGAAUACGGUGCCUCUGCUGAAGACAUUGCUAGGGUUUGUCAUGCACACCCAACCCUAUCGGAAGCCUUUAAAGAGGCCAACUUGGCUGCAUUCUCCAAGCCAAUCAAUUUCUGA